AUGUUCAAAGCAGUACAGAAUGUUCUACAGCAAAUUCCCAAUACUUUCAAUGAAAUACCAAUAGGGAUAUCUAAACGCCCAAUCUUGCAGAAUCUACUCAACAUUCGUAAUCGACUGACAGCAUUAAAGCGGGAUCGCUCGACAUACCUAAAGGAAUCUGAUGUCGAACCUUUAAGACAAGAGACCGAGAAUGAGAUAAAGAAAUUGAGCGAGACGAGAGGCGGAAUCCUACUAGACGAAAAUAAAGAAUUAAACCGUACAGACGAUGUUUUAGACGAGAUCUGCCAGAUUUUAAGUUUAUGCUUUCUUAGUCUGGGAAGAACGAGAGAAGUAUCUGCUGUGUAUUCUCAAGUGGUGGCAAUCAAGCAAUGCUUUGAUCGCCUGGAAGAAUUGGGAAUAUACGCUGAAGAGUUCUUGGCUCCUUAUGAGCAAAAGCUAAAGGACAUUGAUAAUAUUAUUACCAUUGAUGGAAGAAAUAAAGCCCUUCCGGAACCGCUCAUGCAGAUUCUUCGAUACAAAUUUUUACAAUGCCAAAAGAUCUACAACCAUCUUCUUGACACAAUUCAUGAGAUAUCACCAGAACUACUUCCUAUUCGUAAUCGCCUCUUGAGAAUACGACGACAAUUAGUGAUUACAGCCUGUCGGAGUAACUUUGUAGCCACCGAUCUUUUGCCAUUCCAAGAAGAGAUUCGCGAGGUGGAUGAUCAACGGGUGGACGGUAAAUUCUUGGGGCCGGAUGGAACGAUCCCACCCGGCCAGGCUGUGGUGGUCGACCUCUUGGAGCAAGUGUUCGGAAUGGCCCAUGAUUUGGUAAUAGCCACCCAACCAGACUUCUCUCCGGCCCUACAACACCUUCGUGAUCGUCUCGUUGAAAUCAAGUCACAGCUCGAGAGACUUGAGCUCACCCACAAAUGGACCUUGCGCCAGACAGAUCUCUUUACGUACCAGCAUCAAUUGCACGACAUCAUAAAGAUGCAAUGUGACGACGAAACAGCCGAGCCUGGCAAGCGUGGCCAGUUCCUUGACGAAAACGGAGAAGCUCCAGAAGGCCAAACUGUAUUGCGAUGCCUCUUGCAAAAGUGCUACAGAAUGAUUCUAAUCCUAUUGAACGAAAGUGUCCCGGUAUCCGAGGCACUCACGCCGACUUACAACCAGCUUGUCUCAGUCCGUCAAUGCUUAAAAGCAGUCCGAGAUAUUGGUGCUCCUUGCUCAGAGGAAGAACUUUAUCCAUAUCAAAUGAAAUUGAUGAGCAUUGAGAAUUUGCGUAAAGAUGGCAAAUUCUAUGACCAAGAUGGACAUAUUCCAGAAGGUCAAUCAGUAUGUGCAAGUAUCAUGGAAGACUGUCACAAAAUAUUAGAAGAGUUGCGUGAAAGCCCUCCUUCUGUUGAAGAAGCACAAUCUGAACAACUAGAAGCUUAG